UUUCCGUCCUGCCGUCUUCUCCGGUGCUGCCGUAGCCAUGGUGCUAAACCCUGUCAUCGGGAAGCUGCUCAACAAGAGGGUGGUGCUGGCUAGUGCCUCUCCACGCAGGCAGGAGAUUCUCACCAACGUGGGUCUCCGAUUUGAAGUUGUUCCCUCCUGGUUUAAAGAGACACUUGAGAAGUCAUCUUUUGCGGCCCCUUAUGAAUAUGCUGUAGAAACUGCAAAACAAAAGGCACUGGAAGUGGCAAAAAGAAUGCAUCUAAAACAUCUUAGAACACCCGAUGUUGUUAUAGGAGCAGACACUAUAGUGACGAUAGAAGAACAGAUUUUGGAGAAACCAGUGGACAAGCAAGAUGCAUAUAAGAUGCUUUCAAGGUUGAGUGGCAAGGAGCAUAGUGUUUUCACCGGUGUCGCAAUUGUUCACUGUAGCAGUAAAGAUAACCAACUAGAGACUGACAUUACAGAUUUCUAUGAAGAAACUAAAGUUAAAUUUUCUGAACUCUCUGAGGAACUCUUAUGGGAAUAUAUUCACAGUGGUGAGCCAAUGGACAAAGCUGGUGGAUAUGGAAUCCAGGCCCUUGGGGGAAUGUUAGUAGAAUACGUUCAUGGAGAUUUCUUGAAUGUGGUGGGAUUUCCUUUGAAUCACUUCUGCAAAAAGUUAGCCGAAUUAUAUUAUCCACCCCCAAAGCACACCAUCCAUCAUAUAAAGCAUGACUCUAUCCCUUCAGUAGAGACGUUUGAGAUCCUAAGUGAUGGGGAAUGUGAUUCUUCUGAACAUGUGCAGUUUGAAGAUGCUAAAAAGCUAGACAGUGUUGGAGUUGCCCACAGCCUGGGAAAUUGCAUAGACAGCAUUCAUAACUAUAACGUGCCUGUGGAAAGUCAGAAUGGAGUAGCAGAAAAUGCAACACAAGUCCCAUCAAAGCUUAUGCAUCUCCUGGAUGGUUUCAGAGCAUCAAAGGCUCUGUUUGUGGCCUGCAAGCUGAAGGUAUUUGAUCUUCUCAAAGAUAAGGGCACCAUGACCACCGUCGAUGCUGCAAAUCAACUUCAUACCUCUCUGUGUGGCACAGAAAGAUUACUUGAUGCCUGCACGUCUCUUGGCCUGUUGGAAAAGACCCAUCAAGGUUAUAGCAAUGCAGAACUGACAAACUUAUAUCUAGUAUCAAAGAGUGAAUAUUCACUUCAUGACUACAUUCUCCACUGUAAUGACCACUUGUGGCCUCUGUAUACACAUUUGGAGUUGGCAGUCAAAGGAGGAACUUCACAAAAGCAUCAUACAUCUGGGAAGAAAGUGGAUGAUUUGGUUCAGGAUUUCUGUUGCCAAACUAGAGAGGUGAAGCAGCAUUUUAUGAGUGCUAUGCACUGCACUUCCAAACUGACAGCAAGAGAUGUAGGGACAGCUUUUGAUCUUUCACAGUUCGGAGCAGUCUGUGAUUUGGGAGGUUGCACAGGAGCUUUAGCCUAUGAGCUAGCUCGUGUCUACCCAGAAAUGAAAGUCACUGUAUUUGACCUUCCAGAUGUCAUCACAAGCGUGUCCAGCUUUCAGCCUUCAAGACAAUAUGCUACUCGAAUAUCCUUCACGUCAGGUGACUUUUUAAAAGACAAUCUUCCAGAAGCACAUCUUUAUAUUCUUUCACGAAUUCUGCAUGACUGUUCUGAGGAAAGGAUUCAUACCCUGUUAAGCAAAAUAUAUGCUGUUUGCAAGCCAGGAGGUGCUUUGCUAGUAGCAGAAACCGUGCUUGAUGAGAAGCGAACAAACCCUGCUAGGGCAGUCCUACAGUCCCUCAGUAUGACAGAAGGCAAGCAAAGAAGUAGCUUGGAGUACAAACAGUUAUUGGAGAAGCACGGAUUCAUCAAUGUGCAGAUUAAGAUCACAGGAAACCUAUUAGAUGUAAUUUUGUGCUUUAAGAAAAUGUCUGCCCGUUAAAUUGGAUGAAACAUAACGUGAGCAAGUCAUUUGUAAUUUAGCGCUGCCCAUCAGUCCAAAUUGGUAUGUUUCUAUUUCGGGUUGCUCUAAUGAUUGUUCUGUUACAAUUUAUGAACUGUCUGUAAAACCUUUUAUCCUGGUUUUGUUGAUUAAAAUACUACUAAGGAAAUCACUAAUGACUUUCGCCCCCUCUCUGGAAAAUGUACUGCCUCCAUCUUUCUAUAACCAGUGGCAAUUUCUGGUUCUGAAUCCAUUUUGCUUAUUUUUCCUUCUGUGUGUCCUUUGAGGAAAGUUCAAGAAAUUCAAGAUUCAAAAAGGAAGCCAGAGAAAAUAAAAAUGUGCCAUUUUAAAGUGCUGUUUUUCUCACCAGUAGCUACACGGACUUCAGUGGUACUUCUGAGUAAACGUUUAGUCAUGAUGCAUCCAUAGAGCAGUAUUUGAAAAGGGAUGAAUGUGCAUCCAGUGUAUAUCUAUGCCAGUCCUCUUGUCUAUGCCCAGUCGUCUCAAUUACCAUGCAAUAGGAACAGCUGGAGAAACAUGAGACCACAGAAA